AUGCUCUUCCGUACUGUGGCCCGUCAGGCCGCGCCCCUGCGUCGCCAGGCUUUCGCCCCUAUCACCCGUCGCUCUGUCACCACCGACGCCGCCUCCGCGCACGCCGAGAACAUCCCUAAGGAGGAUGACAAGCCCUUCACUGUCCGCCUCUCCGACGAGAGCUUCGAGACCUACCAGCUCGACCCGCCCCCAUACACCCUGGAGACCACCAAGAAGGAGCUUAAGCAGAUGUACCACGACAUGGUUUCGAUCCGUCGCAUGGAGAUGGCCGCCGAUCGCCUGUACAAGGAGAAGAAGAUUCGCGGUUUCUGCCAUCUGUCGACCGGUCAGGAGGCCGUCGCUGUUGGUAUCGAGCACGCUAUCAACAACAUGGACAAGAUCAUUACCGCCUACCGUUGCCACGGUUUCGCCUUGAUGCGCGGUGGUACCGUCAAGUCCAUCAUUGGUGAGCUCCUGGGCCGCCGCGAGGGUAUCGCAUACGGCAAGGGUGGUUCCAUGCACAUGUUCGCCGAGAACUUCUACGGUGGUAACGGUAUCGUCGGUGCCCAGGUUCCCGUCGGUGCUGGUCUGGCUUUCGCCCAGCAGUACAACGAGCAGCCCAACACCUCCAUCGUCCUGUACGGUGAUGGUGCCUCUAACCAGGGUCAAGUGUUCGAGGCUUUCAACAUGGCUAAGCUGUGGAACCUCCCCGUCCUGUUCGGCUGUGAGAACAACAAGUAUGGUAUGGGUACCUCCGCCGCCCGCUCCUCCGCCCUGACCGAGUACUACAAGCGUGGUCAGUACAUCCCCGGUAUCAAGGUCAACGGCAUGGACGUCCUCGCCACCAAGGCCGCCGUCCAGUACGGAAAGAACUACGCCAUCUCCGGCAACGGUCCCCUCGUCUUCGAGUACGUGACCUACCGUUACGGUGGUCACUCCAUGUCCGACCCCGGUACCACCUACCGUAGCCGUGAGGAGAUCCAGCGCAUGCGCAGCACCAACGACCCCAUUGCCGGUCUCAAGCAGAAGAUGCUCGAGUGGGGCGUCACCUCCGAGGAGGACCUCAAGGCCAUCGACAAGGAGGCCCGCGCCUACGUCGACGCCGAGGUCGCCGAGGCCGAGAAGAUGGUCGUCCCCGAGAACACCGCCCGCAACCUGUUCGAGGACAUCUACGUCCGCGGCUCCGAGCCCAAGUGGAUGCGUGGCCGUACCGUUGACGAGACCUUCUACUACUAG